AUGAUCCAAUUAGGUUUUCUUCUUUUACUCUGCACUGGAGCUUUCGCUCAACUUCUUGGUUUUGGAACUUGUCCAGAUGUGAAAUCAAUGCAGAAUUUUAAUAUGACAAGGUAUGAGGGCCUUUGGUUCGAAACAGAGAAAUAUUUUUCCCUUCCUGAAUUGUUAGGAAAAUGCAUAUCUGCAAGUUAUCAUCAGCUUCCUGAUGGUUCAAUACAAAUUUUCUAUCAACAAGUCAACAUUCUAACCAAGAAACUAGUAAAGGAUGAAGCCAAGGCGAAAUUAGUAUGCCACGGGAAUGAAGCAAAAUAUUUGAUCGAAUUUCCAAAAUCGAAAAAUGCUGCACAUUGGAUUUUAGAUACCGAUUACGGUAGCUUUUCAGUCCUUUUCGCUUGCGCUGAUAUAUCACUUGCAAAGGCAGAAAAUGUUUGGAUUUUGACGAGAGAAAAAAAUCCACCAAUAUCAGUUCUUGAGAAGGCAUAUGAAGUUCUUAAAAGGCUUUAG